UUAUCCACGGUCGGCUGUCCGAGGAUAUUGCAACGAUGUCGAAGGAUUUCAGAAGCAAUUUUAUUUGAAGCUGUACAUUCUGUCCAGUUUCCUUGAAUAAACAGCAAAAUAACAUUCUAAUACGAAAAUAUGUGUACGGUGUAAAAAGAUAGAAUGCAAAGAUGGACGAUACACCUGGAGGGGGGGCCAAAGCGUGUCAAUCAUGCUGCUGUUGCCAUAGGUGACAGCAUCUUCUCCUUCGGGGGAUACUGCACUGGGGAGGAUUAUGACACGACCCGGCCGAUGGAUGUCUACAUCCUUGAUACUCUUUCACUACGCUGGCGCCUCCUGCCAGGUAUUCCCAUAAACCACCCUGACUAUGACCUGGUUCCAUAUCAGCGGUACGGCCACACAGCGGUUGCCGUUAGCGACUGUGCCUACAUCUGGGGCGGCAGAAACGACAAGGACGGUGCUUGUAACAUCUUGUACUGUUUUGACACAGGAAUGAUGAAGUGGAACAAGCCUGCGAUCAAUGGGCCAAUACCGGGGGCCAGGGACGGACAUUCCGCCUGCGUCAUCAGCAACAAGAUGUACAUCUUCGGGGGAUACGAGGAGGAGAUUGACAGAUUUUCCAAUGAUGUCCAUGCCUUUGACUUUACAUCAAUGCAGUGGAUCUCGGUCAAAGCCAACGGUACCCCAGCCCGCUGGCGUGACUUCCACACUGCCACAGCGGUAGGCAGCACCAUGUUUGUGUUCGGUGGUCGCAGCGAUGAUGGUGGUGAUGUCUUCACGAACAAUGAGAUUUAUUGCAAUAAGAUCCAGACGUUUGACACCUCCAGCAACACGUGGUACGAGCCUGUUGUAUCAGGGACCAUACCUCCAGGCCGGAGAAGUCACUCUGCAUUUUACUAUGAAGGUCACUUGUAUAUAUUUGGUGGCUACAACGGCAUUCAUGAGAAUCACUACAGUGACAUGCACAGACUAGAACCAGGUAAAAUGAAGUGGUCAAAGGUGAAGGUGAAAGGUCAGGGGCCGUGUCCAAGGCGACGCCAGUGCUGUUGUAGGAUAGAGUCGUGUAUAUACCUGUUUGGAGGAACCAGUCCCAAGAACCCCCAGAUGACGGCCACACACAUCCCGCUGGCAGAGACUGAUCUGACCGAUCACUCAGACCUCUACGUGCUUGACUUCUCUCCGUCCCUGAAGGUGCUGUGUGAACUAGCUGUGUUAGAAUAUAAGCAAGAUACGUCCUUCUUGCCUAUGAAUAUAAGAUGGGAACUUGCUGCCAUGACAACCAACAACAACAUCAGUCGGUCCAGUAACACAACCGGGUGAUGUUACUUGACCAUCUGAUGGUUCAAUUCAGAUGACCAGCCAGAUCAUCGACAUUGCAAGACACGAUAUGAUGGAUGGCAUCGCAUCCUGUCAAAUAGAUAAAGCUGAUAACAAUGUGAAAACGUUGAAGCAGCCAACAUGGACUCUUACCUGAGCUGAUAUCUGGAAGUGGAUCAGUGUCCUUAUCAAGGUGUUGCUAUGGUUACCUUGCUGGGACACUGAGAAUGUUCUCUUCACAGAAGACAGUCGAUCAGUAUUCCUAUUUUCAUUCUCAGUUUUGUUAGAAUGCAUACCAUCGUAUGCAAGUCAGUGCUGUUAAAACUACACCAAAUAAUGAUGAACAAAACAUACACAGAUAGCCAUAUCAGUCAUAUCACAUAGCAUUGAAUGUUUUACCCAGAUAUCUUCAGCAACCCAUGCUUGCCGUAAAAGGCGACUAAGCUUGUCGUAAGAGUAAACUAACAGGUGGUCAGACUUGGUUGAUGCAUGUCACUGUAUCCCAAUUGAGUGGAUCCAUGCUCAUGAUGUCAGUCACUGGAUUGUUUGGUCCAGACUUGAUUAUUUACAGACCACCAUCAUACAGCUGGAAUAUUGCUGAGUGCGGCAUUAGAAUGUUUCCUCCAAGGCUUUUGUAGGAGAUGGACUUUGGAACUUGUAAUAUAUUACACAGAUGUAUCAUUUUGUUAUUGGUUCAUGAAUCAGGUUAUUUUGGCAAUAACACACUGGUGGUAACAUUACCCAAGACUUAUAACAUCUCCAGGUUGAUUAUGCGUCAUUGUUUUAAACAAACCUGUAUGUGUAUGAAACCAAAGUAUGAAAUGUUUAUCUGGUAAUUAACUGUGAUGACCCCCUUGUGAGACAUAUAUGGCACCAUGCACAUACCGUGUGUGUGUGUGAAUGUUUCGUCUGUGCAUGGAUGUGUGUGCACGUUAUUGACUUGAUGUGAUGACUCUUGCUUAUAUUUGUUUUGUGCAGGCACAAAUUAGAUAUUUAUAACUAUUUUCAGUAAUCACAGUUGUAGAAUGAUCAUAUUUCCUGAGUUUAUAAAGAAAUGGCAGGGUCAUUGUUCUUGGGUCUUGAAACCUAUGCAAUUAUUGUGUUAAUUUUUUUUUUAUCAGCUUAUUUAUUUCAGGAUAGAAAUAUUUAAUGUUUGUUUUCCUGAGUGACAUGCUUAAUGCUGUUUUUCAUCAGUUUUUCAUUAAUUUAUGACAAUUCCUGAUGAAAGAAAAGAUUUCCUCACUAUGGAAUCAAACAGUGCCCUUGAUAUGUGUAAAUAACUUCAAAAUAAAUUUAUUUUGUUUCGUGUAAAUAUGAGUAUAUGCUCUUUUAACUGCUUGUGUCUGUUGCAAAGUCUGACUUAUGAAUGAUCAACUUCUCAAUGAUAAUAAUCUUAGCUGUAUGUGGGGCAGUAAGGUAGCCUACUGGUUAAAGCGGUCACCUAUCACGCCAAAAGCCCCGGUUUGAUUCCCAGCUUUUGUACAGUGUAUGAAGCCACAUAUUUCUAAUAGCAGUGUAAAACCAACUCACUCAUUUACUUCACUGGAUUUACAUUCAGAGCAGCCUGACAUUUCGGAAAAGUUGCCAGUUUUAUUAGUUGGGCCAGCUUGUGAGUAGGAUUGUUCAAGAUGAUGUUUACAUUAAAACAAAUGAUCAAUCCUCUUUAGUAGACACAGCACCCACCUAUACAUAUUGAAGUCUCACCUGAAGCUGUAGGUACUAACCUCUUAACAAUGAGCGGUCAUCGUUUAGACAAAUUGUAUGUUAAAGGUAUUUAUGAUUUAAAUGAGCAUUAUGUUGAAUAUUGCAAGGGGUUUUGCUUAGUUGGUCUAUUUUCAUGGCCCUCAGUAAUAAUCUUAUUUCUUCUAGGCUGGUGACAGAUUUUGGAUGCUCAAAACCAUUAAUCAUGUUAAAGAUUGUAAUGUCAGAUGGAAGAAAAUCAACCAUUGACAAUUUAAGUGUAUGGUAAUUCUUACCAGAAUAGAAUGGGACUCUGUGGCAAGCACGCUGUAGUUUUGAUCAGUUUUAAUGAGUCAAACAGCAAUCCCUUUUUAUGUCUUCCGGGACUUACAGUGUAAAUCAUAUCAGUCCCAGUUGAAAUUUGUAUUCCAGUUGGAGGCAGUAGUUUGCAUCGGGUGAAACCUUGGUGUCUUGAUAUAAUACAUAUAGUCAGUCCUACUUUCUCUUACUGAACAUUGCUGCUUUAUAUAGUCAUAGACUCUGUUAUGGUUAGUUUGAUAAUAUUAGUGCUUAUCAUGCUUUUGAAACUUGUCUCCAGCCAUGCCUGUCUCUCACACCCGUCCUGACAAUAGCUUACACCUGUUACCAUGUUUCAGUAGACAAGGCAACACUUUGUUAAUGAUUUGAUUGAUUGACUGACCACAGCCCUAAUCCACCAACCAGUGAAUGCAAUCAAUAAGUACUAAUUUGACCACAGCCCUAAUCCACCAACCAGUGAAUGCAAUCAAUAAGUACUAAUUUGACCACAGCCCUAAUCCACCAACCUAGUGAAUGCAA